AUGCAGACCAUAAAAUGUGUGGUGGUUGGGGAUGGAGCUGUCGGAAAGACCUGUCUGCUCAUCUCAUAUACAACCAACAAAUUCCCCUCCGAAUAUGUUCCUACGGUGUUCGAUAAUUAUGCUGUCACGGUGAUGAUUGGAGGGGAACCGUAUACACUGGGGCUUUUCGACACAGCAGGGCAGGAAGACUACGACAGACUUCGGCCUCUCAGUUAUCCGCAGACAGACGUCUUCCUUGUCUGCUUCUCAGUUGUUUCUCCUUCCUCCUUUGAGAAUGUGAAAGAGAAGUGGGUACCAGAGAUCUCUCACCAUUGUCCACGCACUCCAUUCCUUCUUGUGGGCACUCAGGUGGACCUGAGGGAUGACAGUAACACUGUGGAAAAACUUGCCAAAAACAAGCAGCGCCCCAUAUCACCCGAGAGUGGGGAGAAGCUGUCCAGAGACCUCAGAGCUGUCAAAUACGUGGAGUGCUCCGCUCUCACACAGAGAGGCUUGAAGAACGUAUUCGACGAGGCAAUUCUCGCCGCCCUUGAACCUCCUGAGACCAAACCCAAGAAGCGCUGCGUCCUUUUGUAG